AUGGAAACUGAUGAACGUAUGCAAGAGCUGAAGAAAGUCAUUUUGAAGGGUUGGCCAGAUAAGAGAAGUGACGUUCCAGGGCAAGCGAGACAAUGUUUUGAUGUACGUGACGAAUUGACAGUUCACGAGGGUUUGAUUUUUCGAGGUGAAAGAGUGUUAGUUCCAAAUGAUCUGAGAAAGCAGAUGAUUCAACGUAUUCAUUCGACUCAUAUAGGGGCAGACGGAUGUCUACGUUGUGCAAGAGAAUCUAUCUAUUGGCCAGGAAUGACCAGAGAUAUUAAAGAUCACACUGCACAGUGCGAUGUAUGCCGAUCGUUUGACAAUAAGCAAUCAAAGAAACACUGAGAUCUCACGAAGUGCCUAAUAGACCAUGGGCAAAAGUCGGAGUUGAUAUUUUUACGUUUAGUGAACGAAAUUAUCUGAUAACUGUUGACUAUUUUUCAGGUUUUUGGGAAAUAGAUCUUCUAGAGAAUGUCAAGGCGAAAACGGUGAUUCGGAAGAUGAAAUCUCAAUUCGCUAGGUUCGGAGUUCAGAUGUGUGUAUGUCCGACAAUGGUCCCAGUUCGUGUCCGAGGAGUAUCAUAAGUUCAGCAAGAGUUGGAAGUUUCAGAGAAUUACAUCUUCUCCCAGACAUCCUCAGAGCAAUGGUCGUGUAGAAAACGCAGUCCAAGCAGUGAAACGUCUCAUGAAGAAAGCGAAGAAAGAUAAUGCAGAUGUGUAUUUAGCGGUGCUGGAUUAUCGAAAUAUACCGACACAAGGAAGUGAAAGUUCCCCAGCACAAAGACUAAUGUCGCGAAGAACAAAAACAUUGCUCCCAACGACAGCAAAGUUGUUGGCACCAAGAGUUGUAGAAAAUCACCAUCAAGAAAUUGUGAAAGGCCAAGAACGCCAAGCGAAGUAUUAUAAUAGAGGAGCAAAAGAUCUACCUCGUUUAAGGAAAGAAGACAAAGUAAGAGUUUAAGAUCACGGACAAGGUCUUAAGAAAAGCCCGUCAGUCAAAGCGACUGUGAAAGAAGUAGUUGGUAUUAGAUCAUAUGAAGUUGAAACACAAGAUGGACGAGUUCUGAAACGAAAUCGAAGUCACCUCAGAAAAACAACAGAAGAUGAAAAUGAAGUUGAUGAGUCACCUCAAACACAAAUUCACACAGACGAAGAUAGAGAAUCGAACCAGACUGAAGAAAGGCAGUCAAAACAAGCGGUAGAUUGUCAAAGAGAACAAAAAGUAGAAAUAUGAACACGUUCAGGACGGUUAGUAAAUAGACCUGCGUAUUUGAAAGACUAUGUAGCAUUUGUGUUUUGAAAUGCGAACUGGAUUAAAUAAUAAACAUAAAUAUUUGGACUAGUAAUACUACACUUAAGUGUAUAUUGUUGUAAUUUUUUAAAAAAAUCUAAAAAAGGCUUGUAUAGUUUUUUACCACGAUAACUAAAAAAAUAUCAAGCGUAUUAAUACGAAAAUUUGUACGGCUAAUGCUAAUAGACCAACCACAUAUCGACUAAAUUUUUGUUCUAUUUGGAAGAAAAGAUAAUGAGAAAUUUGUAAAAGUCUGUCUUGCUCUGCCGGGCAGCGAAAAUUAAAUGUGGGCUAACCCAUUGUAUAACUUUUGCAUGAUACUUUAAUUAAGAAUUCUCUUUGAGUGGCCACUAAUAUAUAAAACUUGCACUCGAGGGAAAAAAUGAGAGAAAUUUUACUCCCGUCAGUCCUGUGUAUAGGGAAAUUCGACAGUAAACUUUUUGAAGGCAUAAAUGUAAACUGAGGAUCUGGUGCUUCAAUCUUUCGAUGGCUAGCGAGUAAGUUUUCUGUCAUUUUGAUAGGAGUGAGUACAAAGAAGAGCGAUGCAUUUUAAAUGCAUCUUUACUCGUCGCAUCCGAAACCGGUUUAUGAUCAAACAGAUAAUAAAGGCAGCUGUGAAUUAACAAGUUAUAUAUUAUAAUAACUUUAGCGGUCGUGGCGUAUUUAUCGGGCUAAAAUGAACAAAUCAGCGGGCUAAGAUAGCUUUUUACGUCAUUGAUAUUAUACCGUUCAAUAGUAAUUGUGUCAUAUAUUCCAUAUUAUAGUAAUUGUGUCAUAUAUUCCAUUGUUGUUGUUGUUAAAAAAAUAUAUUAUUGUAUUAUAGUUAAUUUAGUCAUGUUAUCGUUAAAAGAUAUAUAUUUAGUUGAUUAAAGUAAGUAGGAAAUAAGUCAAUAACUUAGAUUCCUAAGCCAUGGGCUAAGGAUUAUCUCAUUGGAAUAGUAUUUUUGUUAAUGAUAAGUUGUGAACGUCACUGGACGUACAUGUCACUUGCAUGUAAAAUAAGAUAGUUAAAAUGAUUGUAAACUGAUUGUCUCAGUCAGUUGGCCAUUGUGGCAUAGGACUGAACGUUGUAACAAGGAUUGUUUUUAAAUAUAUAUGGAAAAAGUAUGAAAUGUAUGAGAACCAGCAGAGGAGCGAACUCCUCAACACAUGGUCCUUCGAGCCGGGUCGUUUGAUUGUGCGAUAGUUUGAUUGUGAGAUUGAAAAAUGGACGAGUUGAACAGGGAAAAAUGAACGCGCGGUGGACACCGUUUGUUAGUUAAGAAAACCCUGGGAGAAGUAAAAGGACUGCUUUCCAAUCCUGAAUUGGAAAGAGAGACGUUAUUUAAUCGAAAGUCUUCCUUGGAAGAGCAACUUGGAGUAAUCCAAACGCUGGAUAACGACAUCUUAAAGGUUAUAGAAGACACAGAUGAGACCAAGGAAGCAGUUAUUGCGAACGAAAUCGAAGAGGCAGGGGUAUUGAGGGCGGAUAUAAAAGCCGCAAUACGAUUGUUGGAAGAAGCCCCUGCAGCAAAAGAAUGGCGAAAGCGAAGCGAACAAUGA